AAAUAAAAAAAGAAGAAGACGAUGCUGUACUGUCAACAGUUAUAAACAUAUUUUGAAUUAUUGUUUAUACAUUAAUUUUUGGCAUGUAAACAGAAAUUAUACACAAAUUUAAUCUUCGUUAAAUGUAUAAAAGUUAAAUAACAGUUUAAUUCAUUGCUCAAUCGUGUUUAUGUACAUAUACAAGAAUUUAUAAUGGAUUCCUUUGGCAAAAGGAUCGAGGAUUAUGAAGUACAUAGUUUAUUGGGGAAAGGUGGUUUCGCGUCUGUGUAUAGAGCUAAAUGUUUAAAAAGCGGAACAGAAGUGGCUAUUAAGAUGAUAGAUAAAAAGCUCAUGCAAGCAACUGGAAUGGUGAACAGGGUGAAACAAGAAGUAGCUAUACAUUCGAGACUAAAACAUCCAUCAAUUUUAGAAUUGUUUGAUUGCUUCGAAGAUAUUAAUUACGUUUAUUUGGUGUUAGAACUUUGUCAUAAUGGAGAAUUACAAAAAUAUAUUAAAGAAAAGCAUCUUUUAGAAAACGAAGUGAGCAGUAUUAUGGGACAAGUAGUCGAAGGAAUAAAAUAUCUUCAUUCUUAUAAUAUUUUACACAGAGAUUUAUCUUUAUCAAAUUUACUGCUUACAAAAGAUAUGAGAGUGAAAAUAGCAGAUUUUGGUUUAGCUACACAAUUAACUAAGCCCGAUGAAAAACACAUGACGAUGUGCGGGACACCGAAUUUCAUAUCCCCGGAAGUUGCUUCUAGAGGAUCGCACGGAUUAGAAGCGGACGUUUGGGGAUUGGGAUGUCUUCUAUACACUCUUUUAGUAGGUUCACCACCUUUCGAUACGCCAGCCGUGAAAAGUACUUUAACAAAAGUCGUAAUGUCCAAUUACGUUUUACCGAAUUAUCUUUCGCCGGAAGCCAAGGAUUUGAUAAAUUGUUUGUUACAAAAAAAUCCGAAAGACCGCAUGAAAUUGGAUCAAAUAUUGGAACAUCCUUUCAUUAAAAGAGGAAGGAUACUCUCUUCGCAUGUUACUACCAACGAUAGUGGAAUUCACACAAUGUCGAGCAAAAGAGAUAGCACCUUUGGAGAUAACACAUCACUGCCGUAUUCUCAAAAUAUUUAUUUGGUUAAUAACCACGAUAGAAAGACAAACAGUGACUGUUUACCUCUUCAAAAUAACUAUUCGAAUAACCAAUUCUGUUCAGAUAUGGAACGACUUCGCGUACAUAGUUGCGAAGGUUUACCAAUUUGGAGAAACUUUAGAACUACGGAGCAAAUAUCGAAAUGUUGUUCCCAAUUAUCGACAUGUCAUUGUAAUCACGAAGAUACCAAAAGAUCUUGCUGCAACGGGGCUAUAUCCGGUAUAAAAAGUUGCUGCGGUCAAGAACGACAUAUAUCCGUUGAUCCUGGAGGACAUAAUUAUAAAGAAAAUAAAUGCAACCAAGUCUCUAUUCACUCUCAUCAUUCAGAUCAGCCGUUUAAAGAAAAUACCGCUAAUUAUCGCUACGGUUGCGAAGGAUAUAACGGCAAACCUACUGAUCAAACGGAUAAAUACAUUCAAGGUGGAAGUUCGAAACAAUCCAAAAUAUCCAAAAACGUUUUAACGGCUUUAUGCUCCGAACGCUUACUACCUACCAGACAUCAAACGAAAAAUGCUGUGUUGAGCAUCUUGAAAGACGGCGAAGUUUGUGUGGAAUUUAUUAAAAAACGUGGGAUUCCGAAAAGGGAUUUCGUAUGCGAAGUUAUGAGAAUAUCACCUGACGGUAUGAGGAUAGUUCUCUAUGAUUUAGAUGGGACUAAGGGGGUUCCUCUUGGAGAAGAACCAAUCCCGGUACCGGUCCAAGGCGCCGAUAAUAUAUUCGGAUUAGAAAAUUUACCGGAGAAACAUUGGAAGAAAUAUACGUACGCGAAAAAAUUUGUUGAAUUGGUAAGAGCUAAAACCCCGAAAGUGACAUACUACACCGACAAAGCGAAAUGUUUUCUGAUGGAAAAUCUUACGGAUUUCGAAGUUUGUUUCUAUGAUGGUGGUAAGGUAACUAGAUCGGCCACCGAAGGAAUUACAAUAAAUGAUGCUUCUGGCAAUAAAUUUGAGUUUGUUAGUCAAACCGAAUUAACCAAUUUGAGCGGUACCAUAGAUCUGAUGUGGAUGCACAGCCAGGAUUCUUUCGAUUACUGUAUUUUAUUGGAAAAGACGCUCUCUUCACUACCCCGUCCUUCUUUUCCUGUUAUUAUUGGUAGGAAACCGUCAUCUAUGAAUACGUUUGGGAAAGAGAAUCAAACCCAAACAAUACCUUCGUUCACUAUGUCAUAUAAUGGUACGAAUGUUGGAUCGACUAUGGGAAAUAACUCGAAUGUACGAGAAAAAAAAGUUACAGUUCCAGGAGUGGGUACCGCUUAUCAGUUGGCUAAUGGUGAGGUGCAAGUGAGGUUUCCGGAUAGUACUCAACUAUGGGUAGAUGGAAAACAUCGCGUAAAGUUUCAGUAUGCGGACGGUCAUAUAUCCAGUUAUACAAACAACGAAGUUAUUCCAAGAGUAAUAAUGGAAAAGUUACAACACAUGCCGAAAGUAUUGAAAUAUUUGAUGCCGUCCCCGGUUACUCAAAAAAUUGUUAAUUUAAGAUGAUCGUUAUGUAAAUUAAAAGAAUGAAUAUUUAUUUUCAAUGUUAUAAACACCCGUUUAGCUAUUAAGAAGAGAGCACUUUUAAUUAAUAAAUUAUUUUAACUA